AAGGAGCUGAAAGAAGCCCAUCAGUGCGUUGGCACCUUUCCCCCACUGUCCCCUCCUCAAGCUCACGAGCUGCUCUAUUCCAGCCCUACCGCCGGGGCUAUUGAGGUCACAACGACCUCAGCAUCCUCUUGGAGAAGGCGGCGCGGUAACCGCGCCUUCUUUCCCGCAGCCGGAGCCACACCUCAAAUGAUAUGGCAAUGGACGCGAAUAUACGACUCGCCACGGCAACCCUUCCUACCCAGCCAAGGUCUCUGUGAUCUGCCCCCGCCAGGCCAGCGCUGUCAGCCGCGUUAGCACUCUGGACAGCGCACCCAGCCCGGGGGCCGCUGUCCUCUCCCCGCGCUCAGCAGGGGCUUGCCUGAGCGCCUCCCACGCACUUGCUCUGACUCCAGCUCGUGGGCAUUGCCUGUCUCACCCUCCCUCUCUCGUUUUUUCCCUCCGCCGCCCCCUCAUUCGUCCCUAUUGGUCUCCUUCUUCAGAAUCACUCAGGCGCUCCGCGCUUUCCCAUCUUCUGUCUGCGGGGGCCCAUCCGUCCCCUUCCCAAUUUAACCUCCUGUUUUCAGAGCGUUGCCACGUCUCCAAGCCCUAACCCCACACAUACACGCGCGCACGCAGACACGCACGCUUCCUGUCCCUAUGUGACACCCAUCUUCAACGGCGCGGUGCCCCCCUCUCGCCACACUCACACACGCACGCGCGCUCGGGCCGAGCGGAGGGCAGCUCGCCGACAGUUCGCACUCGGAGGAGACGCGCUCCAGUCUCGCAGCGCCGAUGGCAUCUCCGGGCUCCGGCUUUUGGUCCUUCGGGUCUGAAGAUGGCUCCGGGGACCCCGAGAACCCCGGCACAGCGAGAGCUUGGUGUCAGGUGGCCCAGAAGUUCACGGGCGGCAUCGGAAACAAGCUUUGCGCCCUGCUCUAUGGAGAUGCCGAGAAGCCAGCAGAGAGCGGCAGGAGCGAGCCCCCGCGGGCCACCUCCCAGAAGGCCUGCGCCUGCAACCAGAAGCCCUGCAGCUGCCCCAAAGCCGACGUCAACUAUGCGUUCCUACACGCAACAGACCUACUGCCAGCGUGUGACGGAGAAAGGCCCACCUUGGCGUUUCUGCAAGAUGUUAUGAACAUUUUGCUUCAGUAUGUGGUGAAAAGUUUCGAUAGAUCGACCAAAGUGAUUGACUUCCAUUACCCUAAUGAGCUUCUUCAAGAGUAUAAUUGGGAAUUGGCUGACCAACCACAAAAUUUGGAGGAAAUUUUGACGCAUUGCCAAACAACUCUAAAAUAUGCAAUUAAAACAGGACAUCCCAGGUAUUUCAAUCAACUUUCCACUGGACUGGAUAUGGUUGGAUUAGCAGCAGACUGGCUGACAUCGACAGCAAACACCAACAUGUUCACCUAUGAAAUCGCUCCAGUAUUUGUGCUUUUGGAAUAUGUCACGCUAAAGAAAAUGAGAGAAAUCAUUGGCUGGCCAGGUGGCUCUGGCGAUGGGAUAUUUUCUCCUGGUGGUGCCAUAUCUAACAUGUAUGCCAUGCUGAUUGCACGCUUUAAGAUGUUCCCAGAAGUCAAGGAGAAAGGAAUGGCUGCGGUUCCCAGGCUCAUUGCCUUCACAUCUGAGCAUAGUCAUUUUUCACUCAAGAAGGGAGCUGCAGCCUUGGGGAUUGGAACAGACAGUGUGAUCCUGAUUAAAUGUGAUGAGAGGGGGAAAAUGAUCCCAUCUGAUCUUGAAAGAAGGAUCCUUGAAGCCAAACAAAGAGGAUUUGUUCCUUUCCUUGUGAGUGCCACGGCUGGGACCACCGUGUACGGUGCAUUUGAUCCCCUCUUAGCUGUUGCUGACCUGUGCAAAAAGUACAAGAUCUGGAUGCAUGUGGAUGCCGCUUGGGGUGGGGGAUUACUGAUGUCCCGGAAACACAAGUGGAAACUGAGCGGCGUGGAGAGGGCCAACUCUGUGACAUGGAAUCCGCACAAGAUGAUGGGCGUUCCUUUGCAGUGCUCCGCUCUCCUGGUUAGAGAAGAGGGACUGAUGCAGAGUUGCAAUCAGAUGCAUGCCUCCUACCUCUUUCAGCAAGAUAAACACUACGACCUGUCCUACGACACUGGAGACAAGGCCUUACAGUGCGGACGCCAUGUGGAUGUUUUUAAGUUAUGGCUAAUGUGGAGGGCAAAGGGCACAACUGGCUUUGAAGCACAUAUUGAUAAGUGUUUGGAGCUGGCAGAGUAUUUAUACAAUAUUAUAAAAAACCGGGAAGGAUAUGAAAUGGUGUUUGACGGAAAGCCUCAGCACACGAACGUGUGCUUCUGGUAUGUCCCUCCGAGUUUGCGUGUCCUGGAAGACAAUGAAGAGAGAAUGAGCCGCCUCUCAAAAGUGGCCCCAGUGAUUAAAGCCAGAAUGAUGGAGUAUGGGACCACAAUGGUCAGCUACCAGCCCUUGGCAGACAAGGUCAAUUUUUUCCGCAUGGUCAUCUCAAAUCCCGCAGCCACUCACCAAGACAUUGACUUCCUGAUUGAAGAAAUAGAACGUCUUGGACAAGAUUUAUAAUAAUCUAGCUCACUAAAUUGUGUCAAGUCUCUAGGUAGACAAUUAAGUUGUCACAAACUGUGUGAAUGUAUUUGUAGUUUGUUCCAAAGUAAAUCUAUUUCUAUAUUGUGGUGUCAAAGUAGAGUACAGUUUAAAAAUCAAAAAAAAACAAAACAUUACUCCUAAAAAUCCUUUCUUAAGUUUAGAAUACCUCUCUAAUAAUUAGUGACAAAAGGCUAUGUUCUAAUCAAUGAGGAAGAGCUUUAAAAUUGUUAAUAAAUACUUCCCUUUUAAUAUAGUCUGCAAAUCAAACUUUAUUUUCACUCAGAGUAGUAGGGUUGAAUAGUGCCAAAUUGCCCCUGAAUCAUAAAAGGUUCUUUGGGGUGCAGCAAAAAGGAUAAAGUACAUAUAAAAAUGUAUGUUGACAAUAAAAAUUCUUGCCUUUUUCAUAGUAUUAGAAAAAAAUUUCUAAUUUACCUAGAGCAGCAUUUCAAGUGUAUUUAAAUACAUAUAAUUUUACAAAAGGAAAAUAUAUAUAUUAAAAAGAAAUCCUAUUUUGUAACAUAUAGAUUUUUAUUUUAUAUGGGUUAUACAAACUGCAGGGGCAGAUAUAAAACUAAGCCAGAUUUUUUUUCUCUUUCUUUUAAUGGAGGCACAAUAAAACACUUAGCAAAGUUAUUUUGAAACAUAGGCCCACAAAAUUCUUCAAAGUUAUGAUGCAUUCUUUCUAUUUGUGUUAUGGCUUAUUUUAUCUCUAAAGUGAGUAUUACAAAACAAACACAAAAAAUACUGCAAGUUCUUUGAAGUGAUUACCAGAUGGACAAUAAGAUUCUCUUCCUGUUUAAGUUUCCCACCCAGUUGACCCUUUGCAGACCC